AUGAUUUCCGCUAUCUUCGACAGUGUCGCCCAUGUCACCGUCGCUGGGUGCCUCGGAGCCUUCUUUCUCAAACAUACUGUGGUGGAUCGCACGACCAAGGCCAUCAAAGAAGCGGAGAACGUAACCGCUGGCCUCGUCAUAUCCGAGCUAUGUAUUUCUGUCGCGGCCCUAGUUCUAGCUUCCCACAGGACCGCCGGGAUACUCCUCAGUAAAGAAGCUCAAUCCCCUCCGAAGCACAAUUUGGCCGAGCUCAACGCGCCUCUCAUCUGCAACGAUUUCUCUACUGCAUCAGACUCAAUUUCAUCGAAUCCUAUCGCAACUGAAUCUUGCAGCACUCCGCCAUGCCUAUUAAUUCCACCGAACUCAAUUGCAAAUGACUCCGACUGCUGCACUUCGCCGUCUACAUAUCCAACACUAUGCACGCCAACUUUACUGCUGCCAUCGCCUGUUCAGAACGAAAAGCGCCUUUCAAUCGAUUCCGACACCACUCUUGUCGACCACGAUAAUGAUUUCGUGAGGGAUCUCUCUGACCAGGACCUUCAGCAAAGCACUUGUCCCCAGGACGACAACGACUGUUCCAGUGGACCCCCUCAGCGGACGAAGCUCCAGCCAAUCAUCCUACAGGACGGACCCCUGACGACCACCGACAUUUCGCUCCUUGUGGACGCUUCGACUCAAACGACUACGACGCCCUCUCUCGGCAACAUUAUGCCUCAGAUUGUCUCGCCUCAGCUGAAAACCCCGGAUACAAAACAGCAUCGUAAUUUCCGCCCUCCCAGACACAAGCAUGCGCCUAGAUCCAUACGCGUGGUCGCUGUCCGUGGCAGCAUCGAACGCACUUACGCCAAGCAACAGGUAGAACACACUGCUAUAAUCCAUCACCUUGAACAAUUGUACAACGAUAUCCUCGCCGACCAAACCGCUCUUGUCGAUGGCUGGGCAGCUGCCAUGUCCCAGCUUGGACAUACCUCUGCGCUGUCGCCUGUCUCACCGCCUCUGCACCAGAAGACGCCCAACCCAGGAAACUCGAUCGUCAUCAUUCAAGACUGACACCUUUACUAUGCACAACGCUACUCCUCAGGUCCCCUACGACCAAAUACCGAAGACCUGCAACCGCCUCCCUCGCUGUCCCCUACGACCUGGAGCUUCAAUGCCCGCGAGGUUGAAGGCUACCGCUGGCCGCGCACGAAUUAUCUCUUCGCGCCGCCUGGAUAUCUCCGCAGUCUUCGAUGUCGGAUGUCCCCUACGACCGAAUCCCGACACAACCGCAACAACAUGACGGCCUCCUUCCUGUCUCUCACGAUCUGGAGUUGAAGGCCACACCCGCGGCUCCCAUCCAUCUAUCCCAAGUUUCUUCUCUUAUCUUCGCCAUCAUGUAAAUGGCUCGAUGUAUCUCUUUUGUCUUUGUAUUUCUCUUGCCGGU